CAGACGCCCAACAGACCACAGACAUACCCACAGAGCAUCACCCAAUGUAACAUAGGUCAUCAUGAAGCCAUCGGAAGUUACAAUGCAAAUCGCUUGCGAGGCAUCGCUCCACAGCUCGGUGCUGGAGCUCAAGCACGAGCGCAGCGCGCAUUUAGUCGACAUACUCAGCAAAGACGAAGACAUCCGUCGCCUACGAUUUGACUUGCAUAUCCUAGAAGACGACAAUGAUGAGAUACGUGAACUUCUUGCGCAUGAGGAAGAGCGCUCAGACUCCUUCGAGCGGUUGGUUAGCGAAAAUCUCGUGCGUGCGGAAACCACAGAGGCGCAAUUGCAGGUCUUGGAGAUUGAUCUAAGGCGAAGGGAGCAGGAGAUUGCCGGUCUACAAGCGGAGAAGGAAGCUCUGAAGCACAGCACGCAGGAUAUGACGGCGGCGUUGACGGAGAAGCUGGCCUUGACGCGCGAGCUGUCCGUGCUGAGACCGGAGUUGGAGCACCUGAAGGCACAAGCCGCAAAUACGGAAGCGUUGAUGACUGACAAGUUGGCUUUGCAGCGGCAAAUAACAAAUUUGCAGUGCGAAGUUGAGAAUGCGACGCGUGAGGCUCAACGUGCUUUGGCGAAGCGGAGAAACACGGGCGUGGAGAUUGCGCAGGAGCAGGAGAUGGAGGACUUGCGAAGACAGCUGAAGAAGGAGCAGCGAGCACGUCAACGUGCAGAAGAAGCUGCAGACGUCACGCAGAACGAUUUGAGUGUGGAUGAGUUCAAGAAAGAGCUCGCUCGAGAGAAGCGGGCUCGGCAGAAGGCUGAGGAGCAGCUCGAGGAAGCGCAGCAGAAUACGCAAGCGGAAGAUGUGCGUAAAGACUUACUCAGGGAGAAAAAGGCCAAGCAGAAGCUCGAGGAUGCCCUGGAGAGUCUGCAGGCCGAAAUGGAGAAAGAGAAGAAGGCCGCAGCCCGUGCUGCUAAGCGCGCCGACGCCAAUCGGAGCACUGAUGAACAAAGCGCCGAGCUUCGCGAGGAGCUUGCGGAGGCGAAUAAGGCACGCAGUCAUGCUGAGAAAGCUGCGCAAAAGGCCGCUGGUGACUUUGAAGCGCAGAAGGCUACCCUGGAAGACAAGCUCAACCAGUUUCGCAUCAAGCUCCGGUCGACCAAGGAGAAGCUUCAGCAGAUGGAAGCUGAGCUAGCCACCGCGAAGGCGGCCACGGCCACCGCUCCGACGAAGAAGGCAGCCGCCGCAAAGAAUCCCAAGAAGCGCAAUGCUGCGCACAUUGACGCAGAUGCUACCACACUUGGGACGCCAGGUGAUGGCCCAAAAGCCAAGCGCGGUCGGCAGACAGCUGGUCUCGGCGACAAGUCCACAUUCUCGAUCACGCCGUUUCUUAAUAGGACAAUGAGCGCCGCACCAGAAAGUGACAACGAGGAUGACGCCGGAGGGGCUUCACCGGCAGCCAGGAAGACCGACAAGCAACCUCUCGCCGCACAGCCUGCGAGCAAAGCUAAUGCGCAGCCCAAGAAGGCGCCAGCUCAGCGUAAGCCGAAGACCGCACCGGCACUCGAAAUGGUGACGGAGGAGGCCGAGGACGUCCAUUCGCUUGGUCAGGAAAAUGCCAACAAGCCCGCAGCGAAGGAGACCGGCAUGAAGAUCAAGACAAAGAUCGCCGACGGGCCGACAGACGCAGACGGCGCGAAGAAGAAGCCCAAGAUCCGCAAAAGCAUCCAUGAAUUCGCCACAUUCAACGCGGAGCCGGAGGUGAAGAAGAAGCGUAAGCUAGGCGGACUGGGCAAGACGCUGUUUGACGAGGAAGAAGAGGCGGCGCCUCAAAAGGGUCUGCCGUCGCGGCCACUGUUUGGUUCGAAAACGUUCGGUGUUGGUGCGCUUGGUGCAAAGAAGAGCGGUUUGGGGUCGUCGAGGAUGGGCUCGACGCUGUUGACGGCGUUGGACGGGAGUGGGUUCCAGUUUUCGCCGUUGAAGAGGUCGAGGAAGAACCUUGAUGAUACGCUGAGAGGAUGAGGCUGCAUCCUUCGUUUUGCGCGGGUGGUGUUGGCGAUGCCGAGCUCUUAUGACAUCGUAAUCUGAUGACCGCUCAGCUGGCGUGUUGUCGGCUUAUCGUUCAUAUUGUUGAUUAGGCUCAUCCUGCGCCAAAUACAUCCUCCUUCCCUACGCCGGCUUUCCGUCUCAGGCCAACGAAGUAUGCUUCCUUACUCUCCUUGCGCGAAGAAUCCGGUUUAAUCCUGUGGACUUUGUCGAAUAGCUUCUUCAGCUUGAGCUCGAAGGCAUGAUCUUCUGCGCCCUGAUAGAACUUGCAGAGAAAGUGUCCGCCGGUGGCGAGCGUCUCAUAGCAGAAAUCCAGCGCGGCGAGGCAGAGAUCCUUGUCACGGAGUGUUAGCCAAGUAUGUCCGACAGACCUGAGGAGCGGAUGUUAUACACACCAUACUGCCUGCGUGAUCGCGAAACGCCAUGCCGCUCGUGUUCAUCAUCC